GGGGGGCCGGCGCCGGGGCCGGGCGCCCGGUGCUCACCCGCCGGAGCCAACUUGGGAUAGGCUAGGGCCCGCGCCCUAAGGGGUUAAACCUUUCUCAUGUUACCGAGCGGCUUAUAAGGAGGGGGAGGCCAAGCCUCCGCCUUAUUGGGAGCCUUUUGGGGUUUAUUCUCUUCCCUUCUAACUUGCUGGGAAGGUUUACUUCCAGAUUCUUUGGGGGCUCCAUAUACAACACAAAGAUUUUUUUAUAUAUACAUUAUUUUCCAAAGAUUUUCUACUAACUGCACAUGAUUUAAAUAUUCAUCAACCUAAGAGAUGUGAUUAAGAAUGACCCAAAGGGAAUCACAGCUUUGUUCCAGAGCCAAUGUUUAUACUCAAGUGCCUGAUGGAGGAUGGGGCUGGGUAGUGGCUGUUUCUUUUUUCUUCGUGGAAGUCUUCACUUAUGGAAUCAUCAAGUCAUUUGGGGUCUUCUUUAAUGACCUCAUGAACAGUUUUGAUGAAUCUAACAGCAGGAUCUCAUGGAUAGUAUCAAUAUGUGUGUUUGUCUUAACGUUUACAGCUCCCCUCUCCACCGUCCUGAGCGCCCGUUUCGGACACCGCCUGGUGGUGAUGGCGGGAGGGCUGCUUGUGAGCACGGGAAUGGUGGCGGCCUCCUUUGCUCAGCAGGUCUACCACAUGUACAUUGCGCUGGGCCUCAUCUCUGGUUUGGGAUACUGCUUUAGUUUUCUCCCAACUGUCACCAUCCUUUCCCAGUACUUUGACAAAAGACGCUCCGUGGUCACGGCCGUUGCUUCGACGGGAGAAUGUUUUGCCAUGUUUGGCUUCGCACCAGCAAUCACAGCUCUGAAGGAGAACAUUGGCUGGAGAUUCAGUCUCCUCUUCGUGGGCCUACUACAGUUAAACAUCGUCGUCUGCGGGGCGCUGCUAAGACCAAUUAUUAUCAGAGGACCAGACUCACUGAAAAUAACCGCCCACGAAAAUCGGAAAGAAGUGCAAUAUAUGCUUGAAAAUGAGAAAACACGCACCUCAAUAGAUUCCAUUGACUCAGGAGUAGAGCUAACUACCUCACCUAAAAAUGUGCCUAGUCACGCUGCCAUGGAGCUGGAGCCAAAGGCUGACAUGCAGCAGAUCUUGAUGAAAACCGGCUCCAAGCAAAGCGAGAAGAAAACCCCAUUACUGGACUUCUCCGUCUUGAAGGAGAGAAGUUUUAUUUGUUAUGCAUUAUUUGGUCUCUUUGCAACACUGGGAUUCUUUGCACCUUCCUUGUACAUCAUCCCCUUGGGCAUUAGUCUGGGCAUUGACCAGGACCGAGCUGCUUUUUUAUUAUCUACAAUGGCAAUUGCUGAAGUUUUUGGAAGAAUUGGAGCUGGUUUUGUCCUGAACAGAGAGCCCAUUCGUAAAAUCUACCUUGAGCUCAUCUGCGUCGUCUUAUUGACUGUGUCUCUGUUUGCCUUUACUUUUGCUACUGGGUUCUGGGGUCUGAUGUCCUGUAGCAUAUUUUUUGGUUUCAUGGUUGGAACGGUUGGAGGGACCCACAUUCCGCUGCUCGCUGAAGAUGACGUCGUCGGCAUCGAGAAGAUGUCUUCUGCAGCCGGAGUGUACGUCUUCAUUCAGAGCAUAGCAGGACUGGCCGGCCCACCCCUUGCAGGUCUGCUGGUGGACCAGAGUAAGAUAUACAGCAGAGCCUUCUACUCCUGCGCAGCUGGGAUGUUCCUGGCCGCCGUGUGCCUCGCACUGGUAAGACCCUGUAAAAAGGGACUGUGCCCGCGUCAUCAAGGAGGGAGAGCAAAGGCAGAGAGUCGUCAUGGGAAGGUUUUACAAGACAUACCCGAAGACUUUCUCGAAAUGGACCUUGGGAAAAAUGAGCAUAAAGUUCACAUGAAAAUGGAGCCAGUAUGACCCACUUUCGUGUAACAUCAGCCAUCGCGUUGGCUGGGGAGGGGGGUGGGGGGGACACAGGGAGGCAGAGGAGCUGACGACUCUACCCACUUUCAAAACUACAUUUUAAAGGGAAUGUACACGGAACACCACUACCAACAUCCUUUUUUCCUUUCUUUUAAGUUUUCCUUUUUGCUUGUUUUUUAAGCCAAAACAAAAUCAACCAAACACUCUUCCAAACAUAAAUCUGGCUGUAUUCGGUGGCAGCACGGAGAUACAGAGAAGGACUCUUUGGUUCACAUUCCAAUUUUAAAAAAUGACAUGAAUUGGCAAAGUGGUUUUAACCGCUCUCACAUGUGAUAAAUGACUAUCUUAUGAAACAACAUGGUGCCCAGGUCAUUGAAAUGAAAUUGGCCAUUCAAAACAAAAAUCUUAAAUCAUUUAAAAAAUGUCUCAUUUUCAGAAAUAUGAACAAAUUGUUUAAAACCCUCUGAAAAAUACUGAGGUUUCCAUGAACAAAUCAUGGCCUCCCAAUUUUCCAAAUAUCCCAUGGAAAUGAAGCGCAGUUGAAGAACAAACAUUUGACUAAUAAAUAGAAAUUUUAACAAUAUAUGUAACUUGAACUUCAUAAAUGUGAAGAUUGUCACUUCUUUUUCUGGCCAGUCCUUACCAGAAGUAUUUCAAUAUAGAGUAUACAGAACGGCACUCAAAAAUGUGUUUCCUGUUGCUGUUAAUUAUUCAGAAAUAUGUGACUGUCGUGUCUUUAAUUUAAACCACUAUUUAUUAUUAAGUUAUUCUAGGAUGAUUAAAAUACUCAAAAGAAAUAAAAUCUGAGACAUAAGCAGCAUUUUUACCUCCUUUCUGCAAUCGUUUAAAUGCCUCAAAGAAUAUUUCUUAUCUUGUAAAGUUACUCUUAUAAAAGGCCAAGUUGUAAUGAUUGUCCAAUUUGAUUAAACGCAAAAUGUAUGCUAUUUAAAGGGGAAAAAAUGAGUAGCAAAUCGCCUUAGCUUUUUAAAAUAAUUUGUUUUAUCACCUAAGAAUACUUGAGGAUCUUCUUUGAUCAGAGUUAUAUUUCAUUGAAUUGUUGAAGCAUUUCUGAUUUUUUUUUUUAAGAAAACAUCUAAUUGUUGAAGCAUUUCUGUAUUUCACUUGGGGUAGCAGAGACAUUUAUUUUACCGUCAUGAGUUUCAAGUUGCAAUUUACAUCUUAUAUCAUCCUUGAUUGCUCUAAGUUGCCAGAGUUAUCAGGUAACUGGUGGUUGCUGGUUUUUUUUGGAGUUACGCUACACGUAUAGUAUUUCUCAUUUAGCAUUUUCUGUAAAGAGGGCAAGUGUGAGGAUAACAGGUGGGCUCCUGACUCAUCUGUCCUGAGUCUCACGCCACAGGUGAUGGUCAAUGCUUGCUGCUCCAUCUUUAUUCAUCUUUACUGUUAAUUUAUGACAACUCAGGGGGAAAAAAUAUAACAAGCCUAGUUUGGUUACAGGUACACACAAGCUUGAAUAUUUCUCUGCACUGAAAUGAAAGUGGCAUAGUUCAUCCCCACCUGCUACAUUUGUAUAGCAUUUUAUCAGCCAUAGAAAUAGGACAAUCUGUAAAACUUUGGGGGGUGGGGAGUAAAUGACAAAGUGUCUGUCAGACACACCUACCGCAAGUGGAUGUAGCAAACCUCUGUCACUGCCUGAGAAGGACUUUGAGCUGGUGGCAGUUUUGCAGACUUUUGUGACUUCAGCACUUUACAUUUUUUACUAUGAAUGUUCAAUACAAUUUAAUAUUUAUAACUAAUUUCUGAGAAACCUGCUCUAUGUUCAUUCUGUUAACUGCAUGAAAAAAAUGUAUGCCAAUUUCAGUAUGUCAGUAAUCGCAGUUUUAAAUGUUUGGAAGAAAAUUAAAACGGGAUUGCCGAUGUGUUCUUUUAUGUAUUAGUGACAUUCUGGUACUUCUAGAUUUGCAAUAAAUGUAUGGCUUUUUUAUUUA